AUGUCGUGGCUAUUACCUACUUACAGGACAUUCAGAUGGAGUAUAGUGCUUCCAUCACUUCCUGCUGAAAUCUUUGAUGUGGUUAAUGCUUUGCAGUUGUUUAUUGUCAGUCAUUAUUCGUUUCAUUCAGGCAAUGAACCUGUGGUCAAAUACGUGACUCAAACAUUGUAUUAUAAGUUCAUCCUUGAGCAAUGGGAUAAAGACAUACAAGGUUUCCAUAAAAACCGUCAUUUGGGGGGGUUAUUUAGAGAAUACCAGACGGUAGCUUCGUUUGAUUGGGCUAGAUUAUUCAGACAACAAAGACGAAUGAUCGUUAUGAUCUUAAGAUUCCGUGCCAAAUACAACAAGAAUGGUAAUAUGGUCGUUCGAUGCGUGAUGUAUAUUCUGCAGAUUUUGGAAAGUAUGACAAGGUGUUAUCUAAACUUACAGAGAUGUGGUUCAAGCAAACCUCUUACACAUAAGAAAGCAUAUGUGGAAAUCUAUAAUGAACGAUCGAGGAAUUUUGAUACAAAGUACGUUACAGAGAUGAUGAACGUAGUCAAGAGACACCAUGACUCUAUAAAGAAGGUAGAAAUGAUGAUUAAAGAAACUUUUAAACUUCUCGGUGCGUUAAAUUGGAAGGAGCUCCAAUUCACUAAAAAGGAUCAACAUGAGCUAAUGUGCUAUCGCAAGUUUAUUCAGUGCUCAUUACUACUAACAGAUAACACAACACUUAUUGCCAAUUUCAGACUUGUAAUAAAUAGCUGGCCAACAAAAUCGUAG